AUGAUUGAAUUAGCAUAUUCAUUAGUUACAAAUGGCACAAAGUUAUACUUUUUAAACUCUAAACAAUACGGCAAACUCGUUUUAAAGCUUUACCACGAAGGAUCCAUCAACGAAGCUCGAAUACAUAUGAAAGCUUUCAAACUAUGCCCGGGAGGGGUUGUUAAAAUUUUAGGUGCAAAUAGCUAUAAUGGUGAGCCUGGGAUUUUACUUCAACGAUGCCGAUAUACAACAGAAGAUUACGAUUUCAAAGGAAAAUCCAAAAAAUUGGAAGAUCUUAUAAAGUCCACAUUGAACACAAUGAAAAUUCUCCAUGAUUCAGAUAUAGUCCAUAGAGACCUUAAACCUUCAAAUAUUUUCUAUCACGAUGGAAAAUUCAAGAUCGGAGACUUUGGAGAAGCCGCCUCUAUAAACGAAGAAUACGAAUUACAAAUUAACCGAGGAACAAAAUCAUAUAUGAGCAGAGCUUAUAUUAUGCACUACGAAGGAGGGCUGUGAAAUGGUAGGAUUGACGCAAAAAAGGAAGACGUUUGGGCGUUAGGAAAAACCUUUUUGGAGCUCUUAUGCGGUGUAAGGUUUCCAGAUUUAAACAGGAGAGAUGAUAAUUUUGUUCGGAAAUUCGUAGAGGAACAACUCAACAAAUUAGAUUUUUGCAGCAAUAUAAAGGAAGCAAUUUUAGGGAUGUUAGAACCUAACCAGGACAAACGACUUUCAAUGGAAGACGCAUUGAAUCUCAUCAACAGAAAUAAUUCUUGUGGUAAGGGAGAUAAUGAUAACACAUUGUAA